AGUGCGGUCCUGUUUUGUUUACAAAUGGCUGAUAUUAAAAGCAAUUUACAAAGUUUUUAGCGAAAUACGACACAAAUGCCUCCAAAAAAGACAAUUCCUGUAAAAAGCACAAAGGCCUCAGGAGCAGUUAGUUCUUCUAAGGCAACUCAAAAGAAGCCUCUAGCAACCUCAAAAAAAGUACAAGUUUCAAAAUCAGUACAAAAAACUCCCGCUAAAAAUGCAACUGUAUCUAAAGAACCUCCAAAAUCAGUUAAAAAAUGGACCAAAGAAGAUGACGCCGCAAGUAAAAUACAGAGAGAAAUAAGACACUUUCUUGCCAAAAAGUCUUUGCAGAAAAAAAAACAAGAGAAAUUAGAAUAUGAAGAAUUAAUGGAUAAGUUAGAGAAAGAAGCUUUUGCCAAACUAGUAAAAAUGGAACAGGAGAAAUAUGAAAAGCAAAGAAAAAAAGAGGAAGAGGAAAGAAACCGAAAAAAAGAAGAGAAUAUUAGAAAAAAGAAAAUGUUAGAAGCUUCUUUCGACGGUGAUAAUGCCGUCAUUGAAAAUUUACUUAAAGAAGUUUCAGCUAUGGACGAUAAAUUAAAUAUAGGUCAUGAUACUGUUGGAAAGGCGCUAAGAAAUAAGCAUCAAAUGAAUUUGAUUGACUGUGAAGACGCCCAUGGUAAUACUCCACUAUCGGAAGCAGCAAGUGGAGGUGCCAAAGACACAGUUCGUUUACUACUUUUAAAAGGUGCCGAUCCAAAUUCAAGAGGUCAAUUCGAAAGAACGCCUUUGUACAGGGCGGCUUUUGCGGGACAUUGCGAAGUUGUCGAGGAACUAUUAGAAAGAGGAGCAGAUCCUAGAAUCUAUGCAAAUGACGGACAAACUCCAUUACACAUAGCAUCGAAGGAUCCUAUUAUCAGUUUAUUAGAGAAUUGGGAUAUUAACAGAACGGAAAAACUUUUAAACAGAUUGGAAGAAGAGAAAAACAAAAGAUUGGAAGAAGAUAGGAAGAGGAAAGAAAUUGAAACAAACAAAUUGGAAGAUAUAGUUUCGAACAAAGAUAAAGAGUAUAAAGUACUACAAAAACAAGUGUGUAAACUAUCCUGCGAAUUAGAAAAAAGGAUUUAUGAACACGAUAAGGCAGUUGCUAAUGGAUUUGACAAACUUUCAAUUACUAUUUCGGCAAUAAAAGACGCGGAAGCAGAACUCGAAAUGGCUAAAGUACAAUUGGAAAAUUCUAGAGAAAAAUUAGCUGAAGCAAAAUUGGCAUUAAGAGAAAAACAAAAGGAAGUUAUUGGUGAUGAAAACGAAGAAGAAUUACCUGGAUUGAAGGUAAAUAUAAGAGAGUUGGAUGACGUUUUACUUAGAGAUGUUGGAAAUCGUAUCAAGGAGUCGGGAAAAUGGCCAUUAAUUAUUGAUAUAAGUGGACAAGCUUCAACAUUUCUGAGAUAUCGAGAUACAAAUUACUUGAAUGCUUUAAAUCUAAGCGAAAUGGAACCAGAGAAAAUUCGUUUGUGCAUCUUAGGUGCUUUAAGAUAUGGUAAACCGGCUGUCUUAGAUAUGAUGGAAGUUGAUAUGUUUGAUACAGUUUCCGAUAGAUUUGAUGAAAUUGAAAAAGGUUUAAUGAAUUCAAUUAUGGAUUGGAGUAUUUUUGAAGAGGAAAAAUACACGAAACUGAUUAGAAAGAAGGAUAGCGAUGAAUAUCAAAAAAAUCGUUUUAUAGAUAUAAGAACAAAGAAUUUCAAAUUCUUCAUCAUUACAAAGAAUCCUUACCCUCCUCAGGAACUUUUGGAUAAGACUUAUGUCAUAAGAAUACAUAUUCCUACGGACUGAUGACCUUUAACGAUAUCUAUUGUCUUUAAUACACGAACUUUAAACUUUGAAUUACCUUAGUUGAACUUGACCAAUGGGUCAUAUAUCGUUUCUUAUGUAACGACCACAGACGUUGUAUAACAAGUAAAUGUUAUAUAAUACAGGUCAACUAAUGGUGACAAGGUUACCCUCUAUUGCAUCUCGUAACGACAAUUCACGGAGACACCCCUCUGGUGUCCCCCAUUAGCUAUCAUUAUAAACUUACCCAAUCUGGUUCAUGUAAAGUUCCUAUGCGAAAGAAAGAGGAGGAAAGUGAGGAAUUGACCUACCUUUUACCCUUAAUCUAACCUUUUUCAUCGGAUAGCACAAAGGUAACAAACUCAUUUGACCUCGUCAUGAAUUAAUUCAUUCAAAACGAAGGAGAAACUAUUAAUAGCCGGAAGAGAGAGUAAAUUAACCUAACUAACGUUAAGUUGUUUUAAUAUUACUAAUUUAAUAACGUUAUGACAACAGUUUUUGCUUUCUAGA